AUGCUGAGUGAAAGUACAUUCAGCUUCACCAACUCCCAACAAGAUGCUGUGAAGACUUUACUGUCGACUGCAGCCAUUUUGUUGCUUUCAAUUUUACCCAUAUGCAUUUUCAUUGUCCGCCAAUAUGGCUCCACCCACACAGCGCAACCAAGAGGAUGCCGCAGGCUAGGUCUUCCACCAGGCCAAACCAAUCUACGUGAUGAAUUCGACCCCAAGUAUAGCCAAGGAGCCUCGAGCGAUGUCGAUGACAAAGGCCAGGCUGCAUGGCGUAUUAAAGCACUCUUCACCCAUCCCAUCAAAAGCUGCGCUGCGGUGGAGUUGGACGUCGCCGAUGUUGUAUCGACUGGAUUCGCGUUUGACCGACAGUUCUGCUUCGCGGAACACUUCACGCCUGACCAAGCGAGCGCCAACGAUGGCAAGGCGCAGCCGUACUGGGAUGUGCGGACCCUCCGCAAUGGUCAUUAUAGCCGGCUGACGCUCAUCCGGCCUGAGAUCUGGGUUCCUGAUCCCACUGCCCCCGACUAUGUGCCUGAUCUGGACGAGGUCAGGUCCCAGGGUGUCAUGGUCAUGUACUACCCCCGACCAGCUGGUCGAGGUCUCUCGUCAUUCCUGGUCAAGUUGGGGGUAGCCCUGCGUCUGGGCCCCCGGGAACUGUCAUUCAGCGUUCCGCUCGUUCCACCACCAAACCGCGCCAGCGCUUACCCUUCCGUGCCGGUGAAGAUCUGGAAAGAUACCCCGGUGGCCUACGACUACGGCCGGCAUCUUCCGCAGUCCCUGCGGGAGUUUCUAGCCCCCCCAGACGCCGGCGUCUCUCGUCCUCUCACCCUCUUCCGCAUUGACCCCAGGCACCACCGGCAGGUCUUCCGCAACGCGCCUCGCAAAGCGGAGCUGGGGUUCCAGCCCGUGACCGGGUUCGCGGAUGCGUAUCCCCUGCAUAUCCUCAAUAUCGCGAGUGUCCAUGACGUUGCGGCGCGAUGUGCACGGGACAUCCCCCGGCUCUCUGUGCGGCGAUUCCGGGCGAACAUCAUCGUCCAAGGGCCAGAGGCGUUUGCGGAGGAUGGCUGGAAGCGCAUUAUGCUCAGAGCAAACGGGGUAAAGAGUGCCGCUGGGGUCGAGAUGCAUGUUGCCUGUCGGACGAUGCGCUGUCGGCUGCCGAAUGUUGACCCCGCCACGGGCAUCCGGCAUGCGUCUGAGCCGGAUAGGACGCUGAAGAGCUAUAGGCGUAUUGAUCCUGGAGACCCGACGAAUGCGUGUUUGGGGAUGCAGUGUGUUCCUGCCGUACAGGAAUUUGUCAUUCGCGUGGGCGAUACUGUCUCCGUGCUAGAGACGGGCGAGCAUUGUUAUAUCAAGUUGUUGAAACCGGGCGAGAUCGUGGAAGGGGUGUAG